UUAAAUGUUGGGCGGGAGAUCAAGACUAUGCUGCCUUCCUGUGCUAUUGAAGUUAUUCUAAACACGAGUUUCUGACACAUCCCUUGCCCACGAAUCUCUCCAGGAGCUUCGGAGAUUUUGAUAACCGAGUUGUUACUAAACUACUUUUUUCGUCAUAGAAGAAAGGGGCGGAUCCAUGGUUGAUGCAGGAAUAUGGUGACCAAACGGAUUAGGUCAGAAUAUAUGAAGAAAUUUAAGGAUCCGAAAUGGGAAACGUACGCGAAGUGUUAUGAGGACUUGUUGAGCUACAGACUGUCGAGGCGAAUGUUGGAGCAAACACACAACCCGUGGUUUUGGGAUGAACGUGGAAGCGACACAGAGUCCAGCGGCAAAUGUACACCUCCUCAGGAGGGAUCUCCAGAUUACAGACUGCAGAAGGAGGGAAAGACACCAACAGCAAAGAAGACAGCAGAGAUAGUGCACGAAGAGCAUGGAGCAGAAGAGGUGAAAGAACCUGAUACGAGGAGGAUUAUAGGCCACUGUCUUCCCUGUACAUGUUAUCAGGCAGAACAAGUAACAGAUGAUGUCAAACCUCAGGAAAAGGAGGAAGUGACAACAGGGGAGAGUGCUGGGCCUGUCAUUCCACCAGAAACAUACCCCUGUGUUCAGAGCAAUACCAAAAGUAAACCAAGGCAUUCACACAGAACAACCCGAACUAAAGUCAAGCAUCACAUCAAAGACACUGACAAAGAAAGCAGGCAUCCUUUUGCUAUGUAUGGCUCAGGAGAGAAACAGGCAGAUAUGGCCUCAAAAAGAACGCACAAUGUUGGUCCAGCAGCAUCAACCAAGGAGAUCCAUGAGUCAGCACUACGAGCAAAAAACAGACGAGAGGUUGAGAAACAGAUGAAGAAGAGAAUGGACAAGCGAAGAGCAAAAUCAGUUGACUUGGAAAAGAUUAACAAAAGCAAGCUUGUCUCUGAUUAUAACCCUUGGAUGACUGAGUACAUGCGCUGCUUUUCUGCUCGGUCACAGUAAAUCUCGGAGACUGCCAGUAACAUUCCUUCUAGUCACAGGCAGAGAUGUGCAUCUAGCUUGCCUGUCUUCCUAAAUGGAUUGCUGUCAUGAAAAAUUAAAUGACAAAAUUAAA